AUGCGUGCACGCACACGACGUCGCCAUGCGGGUGACAUCGUCCUUACUCGUCCGGCUACCAUUGCCGUUGUGGUGAAAUAUCAGCUGGGACAGCACGAGCUGAAGAAAUUCAAAACAUGUUUCAGACAGAUCGAUCUCGAUGGAGUGAUCGACUACGACGAGUUUUUCAACUUUAUCGACGAAACCAAGACGCCGUUCUCGGAAGGCCUGUUCCGCAUGAUAGAUUCAGAUAGCAACGGAACGAUUGAUUUUGAAGAGUUUGUCCAUGCUACCGUGUUGUACUGCAUGUAUACACGCGACGAGAUCCUUCGCUUCGCGUUCGAUACGUUCGACCCCGCUGCGUCGGGCUCCAUUGGCGACAAGGAGCUUCGACGUCUCGUCAGUAUAGUGAACGACGGCCAGUCAAGAUUUUCGGGCAACAUCAACACGGCUCUGACCGAGUUUGACCGAAACAAAGACGGCGUCAUUGACUUCGAAGAGUUCAAGAACUUGAACAAGCGCUUCCCGAUGCUCUUGUUCCCUUGCUUUCGUCUGCAGGAUCGCAUGCAGAAAGCCACACUCGGCGACAACCACUGGCUCCAGCUGCACAAGCGUCUGUACGAGCGACUCAAGAGCGAGAAUUAUCAGCGAAAACACAACGGCGCGCUUCCAGGUCUCACUCUUGUCGGUGCGAUCGUUAAGUUUCUUCGACUGGAUAACCGCGAUAUCUAUCAACCUUAA